AUGAACUCAACACAACUCACGUCAUUUAUCCUAGCUGGAUAUAGUGACAUUGGACACUUAAAGUACAUGUAUUUCAUUAUAUUAACUGUCCUAUACGUCUCCAUAGUUUUUGCGAACACAGUGCUUAUUGUGGUAAUAUGUAUGGAGAGAAGCCUUCAUGAACCCAUGUAUCUGUUUCUGUGCAGUUUGUUUGUAAAUGACUUGUAUGGUACCACUGGUUUGUUUCCUGCUCUCAUGACUCAUUUGGUUUCAGAUGACCAUACAGUUUCCACUGGGUACUGUUACCUACAGAUAUUUGUCUUGUACACAUAUGGAUCUAUUGAAUUCAGCAAUUUAGCAGUCAUGUCCUACGACAGGUACCUUGCUAUAUGUUAUCCACUACAGUAUAACAACAUCAUGACACUCAACAGGGUGUGUAUUUUAAUUUGUGUAAUAUGGUUGUACUCUUUUGCAAAAUUCAGCAUACAACUGUCUUUAACUAUUCGUUUGCAAUUGUGUGGAAACCUCAUGGACAAAGUGUAUUGUGACAACUACCUGGUAGUUAAACUUGCCUGUUCAACUUCAGACACGACAGUUAAUAAGAUCUAUGGACUCUGUGGUAUUGUUUUGUCUGUCACUGUCCCUUUAAUUACCAUUGUGUUGUCGUAUAUUAAGAUUCUGACCAUUUGUUUGAAAUCUUGCAUCGAGACCAGACAGAAAGCUUUCAGCACCUGUUCUCCUCAUCUGGCCUCGCUGCUCAACUUCUCUUUCGGCUGUUUCUUAACUCUGCUCCAGAGUAGAUUUGAUAGCCCUAUGAGAAAUGUUCCAACUGUACUUCACACUUUUUUAUCAGUGUACUAUCUGAUGUGCCAGCCACUUUUAAAUCCUAUUGUGUAUGGAGUUAGGAUGGCUAAAAUCAGACAGGCUUGUAAAUACAUACUACCUGUAGGUCUGUACCCUAAAACAUAAGCUAGACAUUAGUGUGACCUUUUCCGUACUGAUUAUUAGAUUUUUGUGAUGUUGACUUGUGUUUUGUUACUGAUAGUUUUAUUACUGAUAGGCUAGUCGCUAUAAUGAAUUGGGCAGAG